GAGAGAGGGGACCUUUGAAGAUCGAGCUGCUUUCACCAUUCUGCAAACUUAUAACUACCAUUACUAUUUUGUCAUUUAGUAUAUAGUAGUAGUAAUAGUAGUAGAAGAAGAAAUUAAAAGCCGUGAUCUGGAUCUCGAUCAUAGCACAUUUCUUGUUUGUUAGUUUUCCUUGAACCCUUUAAUUUGCCUUGCGAUCUACUGAUUCUUUUAAUAAAGCAAAGCAAGACCAAAAAAGAAAGCAGAUCAUUCCCAUCACCAAGAUUCACUUUGUUGUUUAUUCCCUUAUUCCCCCUACUUUUAUUCACAUAUAUAUAAGUUGCCUCUCUUGCUAUGUCUUUCAUCCAUUGUUUAUUCGUUUGUGCCGUUUUCCAGUGUACACAUUCCUAACUGUAUCAUCAAUAUAAUAUAUCAUAUAUAUCCUUUUUUCUCUUUGUUGCUUGUCCCUCCAUUUGCUUAGCCACUCCAUCAAUCACCAUGAACAUGGAGACAGUUGAAUUGAAGGUAGAGAUGGUAGGAAUACAUGAGAAAAGACUGCGCAAAUGCCUGUCAAAAUUAAAAGGAAUAGAGAAAGUGGAAGUGGAUGGGAACGGUCAAAAAGUGGUGGUGACAGGGUAUGCACACAGGAACAGAAUACUAAAAGCAAUAAGGAGGGGCGGUCUAAAAGCAGAAUUCUGGUCUGCUCAAAAUGAGCUCCUUCAAGCUUACGCUGCAUCUGCUUCUCACUCUUCUUUCAGAUUUAACAACUUCUCCUUCUUCUAGCUUUACACACUUGAAUACUACUGUUUAAUUUGUUCUUCUUGAAUACCAUUUUGUUCCUUUUUUUUUUUUUUUUGUUCUUUUCCUGGUUUUAGGAAGCAGUGUAUACAAAGAAUGAAAUGGAAGAGUUUAGGAUUUAGUUUGAUA